AUGAAUCAAAAACUGACGGAUGAGAGGGAGAGAAUCAUCAAAGUAUUGAACGAGCACUUGUAUCAGACUCGUAUCUUGCAAUUUUUACCUCAAUAUUAUCCACAACUCUCGGAUGAAGCCAAACAAGUUCUCAUUCCCGAAUCAUCGACAUUGGGCAAGUACUUGCACGAGUUGUACGAACAUGAAGGAGUACUGGAGAGCAAAAUCAAGGAAUAUUUACAUACUGAUAUUCCCGAAUGGUCCACCAAGAUCAAAAAAACCUUCAUGCAAAUUUGUAAAGUAUUGAGUCAGAACAAUUUUGCAGUGGAUCAAACCAAUCCAACGAAACAGGAUGAAGGUUUGGAACGCUUUGUAUAUAUCAUGAAAGAAAUGGUCAAUAUUUACUCGGACAAGCUUCAUACAACGAAGGAAGAAGAGCAGGUCAUGAAUGAUCAAAAGAAUGAGAAGGCAGCCCGAGAGAAGAAAUCCAAUGCUGACCUGAAAGCACUGCAAAGAGAAUUGGCUGGUGUACGGAGCUCAAGAGAAAAGGAAGUUUCAGCACGAGAGGAGACGCUGAAAAAACUUGAGGAAGAGCUCGUGGCUUUGAAACUGUCAACCAAUUCACAACGAGAAGAGUUUAAUUCAGUUUUGAAAAAUAGAGAAGACCUUGCUGAGAGCAAGUUUAAAAAAUUCGAAGAAAUGUUGAAAGACCAAAUCAAACAAUGUGAAAUGUUGCUUUCAGAAUUAAAACUUGACCACCACAAGGAUGAAAAUGACAUGAAGCUUGAUCGACUGACUUCAGAACAGCAAGUCUAUGAUUUUGUGACAAAAUAUGACAAUUUUAUGAGCGAACACACUGUGAAAUACAACACAUUGGUACAGGAUUAUAAUAGAGACCAGAAGCGAGUGGUAUUCUUGGAGAAUGCUAUUGCUGUCAUGGAAGAAGAGAAGAGAAAGCGAAAUGAAGAGCGAGAAAGAAAGCGAAAAGAAAAAGAACGAGUUGAACGAUUCAAAGUGCACACUCGAUACCAACGUCUUUGGAGAAGAGCUUAUCGUUUGGUGUUUUUAACCAAUUAUGAAAAUAUUAAUGAAAAAGUUCAAAAAGCGAAAGAAGGCAAAAAUUCACUCAACGCAACCCAAGAUCCAGCCAAUCAAUCGACCAAUGCAGGAAAGCCAAGCGAUUCAAAAAAGACAACGAGUGGAAAACCAGCAGAUUCUCGGUCACGAACCACUCCUUCCACCAACCGAUCAGGAUCUCAACGAAGAUAA